ACACGGUACAUUCUUAGAGUCUUAGAGAGAUAUCUGUUGCAUCCGUUUUGGUCAAUACGAUCACGAAGUUCAUGUGAAAUUUGUACAUCAAUAUAGUGAUUCUUCAUAUCAUUGGGUCCAACUUGUCCGUUGUUGAAGCAGAUCAUUGCCAGAGUAAAGAUCCGUGUUGAAUGGACCGUUAUACGUUACAGCAUUUGUCGGAAACCAAAAGUGAGAAUCGAACGAGGACGGAGUCUUAACGGGACAUGCAGUAGACUACACGGUCUGUUUCUGAAUGUUAUGGACGAGACAUUACAUUUUCACGAGAUUUCUUCGUGAAACUUCUUUGCAUCACGAGAGUUUACGAGAUAAAUUCUGCAACUGUCAAGCUCCAGAUAUGGCCCUAUCUUGCACAAAACUAGAAUUCGUCCUACUACUGACUGUGUGUAUAUACGGCGCCAAGGUCGUGUUGGUUUUCAUGUACGUGGGUGAGCUCUCACCGAAAGGGGGCGCUCUCGACGGACAAGUUUAUAGACCCGAUGCAGCGAUAUCGAGGUUGAACCUGGAACGCAUGCGGAGGCACGAGGACACUGGGAACGAGGUCGUGAAAUCUCAAAAUGGCGAGAAAUUUAAACGUGAAGAGACUGUAAUUACUGACAAGGCGCAAAAACAAAAUGGUGGCUCAAAAUCCAAAGCUGACAGUGAUGGAGGAAAAUCUUCACCAGACACUAAGAUUGAAAAAGACCAAGCCGGAAUAUUACCUGGCAGUGCUGUCGCGGUUCCAAUCCAACCACCAUCAAACGCCGAGGACAGUAGAGGAAUAAAUGGCGCCUUUUUUGACGAAGUACUCGCGUCUAGUUUUGACCAUAGCAACGAGAAGUGCCAGGAUGUGUUCAUGGUUGCUCUGAUCAACUCCCAACCGAAUGAUCAAGAUUUCAGAAUGGCCGUCCGCGAGACUUGGGCCGACACCGCUAUGUCGCAUCAGCUGGGUGUUUUGACCAUGUUCGUUCUCGGUUCCCCUAGUGACGAUUCCUUGAAAUCGAGUGUCUUCCAAGAAAAUGAGAGACAUGACGAUAUCCUGAUGGGGAACUUCAGAGAGAAUAUCAAGAACUCGACGCUCAAGCUGCUGCUGGGUUUAAACUGGGUGACGUCACGGUGCUCCUCAGCAAAAUUUGUCUUUGCCGGUGACGAUCACAUGUUCGUCAUUUACGAGCGUCUCGUGAGGGAUUUACGAGCGUUGAAAAGUGAGGAAUCGAUACCGACGUGGAGAGGCAGGAUAUCACCGGGAUCGAGACCAGUGCGAGACCGAAAGAGUCGAUACUACGUUUCCGAAAAGCAAUACCCGGGGAAACGAUACCCAGAUUUCUGCACUUCGGAAGCUGGCUUUGUCUUAAGUAUUGAUGCUGCCAAGAACAUCUUCUCAUUCUCGUGGGAUGAACCGGUUAUUCCCUUGCCAGAUGUAUUCACUGGCGUGCUGGCCAAGAAAGCUGGUAUUCGAAUAACCGACGACGAAUCGUUCACAUUCGGGAAUUUGGCAAAGAACGUUUGUGAAGUGAGCAAAGUAGCCACAACACGAGGUUUGCAAUCGGUGGAUCACCUGACCGCCAUCUGGAAGAACGCCACUGAUCCAAAGUUUCGUCGGAACUGCCCUGAGCCGGAUCUUAACCUCGUCCUCGGGAGUCACACGAACAAUCUGCCGUACGUGGAAAGAACGCUGCAACUGCGCUUGGAUCACCCGGGGGCGUGCUACGAUAGCAAUGGGCACAAGGAGGACAUCUUCCUCCUCGUUCUCAUCAGUACGCUCCCGAGGCACUUCGAGCUGCGUCGUGCAAUCAGAGAAACCUGGGGCGAGCAGAGUCAGAUACUAGGCGAAAAUCUGAGGUUGUUAUUUGUCAUGGGUCACACCCAGACAGACAUUGACCUUAUCCAAAAACAGGUCAAACAGGAAGAUGACGAAUUUGGUGACAUCAUUCAGGCCGACUUCGCCGAGUCCUUCCACAACUUGACUCUCAAAGUCGUCAUGGGUCUGAAAUGGGUGACAGAGAACUGCCGACAUGCCACCUACAUGUACAAAGGCGACGACGACAUGUUUGUCAACUUCAAGAACAUCAUCUCCUACUUGCGAGAAAACCGCGUCCAGGGCUCGGCACUCACGAGAUUCUUCCUCGGCAGCGUUCUGUACCGCAGCGUUCGAGUGACGCGCUCGAACUCCAAAUACUACGUGCCCGACAUACUCUACAGUGGGCGUUACUUUCCGCCGUACUGUUCAGGGGGAGGCUACGUCAUCUCCAGUGACGUCAUCCCAGAGAUGUACCACAAAUCCUUGGAGACUGCCUUCAUUCCUAUCGACGAUGCUUACCAGGGAAUCUUAGCCAGUAAGAUCGGGCUGAAACCCACCGCACAUAAAGGGUUUAAGAAUUGGGGAGCUAAGACCGACGGCUGUUCACUGCGUGACGUCAUGGUCGUACAUGGAUUCAAGAGCCCGGAUGCUCUGCAGGCAGUAUGGAAGAACUACACCAUGCCGGCCGAGGAUUGUAGUGAUGACGUGAUGUAACGUCAUGAUCAUAUGCAAAUUUUGUUGAAUUAUGCUUUCAAUCAAUUUUAAGGACUGAGAUACCAAUAGCCACUCUUCACAGUAUUGAUGAUUACUGAAGUGGCUCCUAUAUAGGGAAAUGUUUAUCCAUCAAGUCUACUCUUUUUUGUAACUAUUCAAAGUUUUGUGCUGACAAUAUAUUAUUCAGUGUGCUAAUAAUUAUAUUAUUGUUACUUUUGACUUUUGGUAAUCUUUUGCGUUUGUUCGUGGGUUUUAGCUAGAGCGAAGCAAUGAUGCAAAGGAAAAUACUGAAAUUGGCCAGGGUAUAUGGUCAACCUUAACCAGCCAAAGGCGGAAGUUUAACAGUACUUAAAAGAGGAGACGUGCAGAUAUGCGACUAAUUUUCAAUUAGUAGAACGAAAAUGUCUCAGCUUUUUCAUCAGAGGGCUGUAACUUAAAUUUCCUGGUUCGUUUGACUGCAGAUUGUAAUUAACUUCUUAGAAAUAAUUAAAAGUUUUUAAUACAGAAUUUGCUUACUUACAGCGUAAAUAAAGAAAUUUGAAUUGUUUGUAGUAUAAACCAAA